AUGGCUCUACUAGAUCCCGAUACUCAGCAGACCCCGAAUGCUGAGAAUUGGUCUUUGGUGAUGGUUUUUGACCACGAAGCUGCCCCGAACUGGGCUACAGCCUUCUUUGGCCUCGAAGAACAAAACCCGAUAAGCAAAUACCAUCUGAUUCCUCACGCCAACCCAAAGAUACACUUAUUGGCAACACGGUCAAAUUUUCCGCCAUCUGGGUUUCAGUCAUGCUACGAUAGGAUAGACCCUCAUGGGAGUUCUCGCAACCUUGAACAUCCAAUGGAACGACUGCCAACUCCCUCGUCUUAG